AUGAACCCCACCACAUCCCUUCGUCAGGCUGCCCGUUCCAUCCCCUCAUCCUCCUACCCACCUACUAAAUCUACAGGCCGCCAACUAUCCUCCCAGACACUCCGAUCUCUCAUAUCUCUCCAUCACUCCUCAGCAGGAUUCAUGCACAACCCCCAGGUCGAUUUACCCGUAGGCUUCGACAAUACAUUCCGAUACACACGAGACGAACCAAAAUACAAACGAUACGGUGAAUUUAGCUCUACUACUUCUUACAACGCCUCCUUAACUCCUCCAGGUGGGUUGGAAAGCUUGGUUGAGAAACCACGAUCUGCCGAAGCUAGGGGGCUGGAGUUUAGAAAAGGAAGGAAUAAUUAUCUCGAUUUAGAUACGGCCAAGAAUGUUGGAUUGACAUUUAAGAAAGUUUAUGACAUCUGGUCAGAUCGAGGUUCAGGAUCGGAUACACAACAUUUGACGGAAAGGGAAUUGAGAGUACAGGAAGCAUUAUAUGGAACUUGGGAAAGAGGUAGUCAAGGUAUGAAUAGUAGGAUUCAACCUUCUUUAGAUGGGAUAUUGGAAUUUGUUGAAGCUAAGGGCAAGACUGUGGGGGAGUAUGCGGAGGAAUGGAAAGUGAGGGAUAAGGACGGUAGGGAGAAGAGCACGGAGGACGGUCAGUAG